AUGAAAACGAACAACCAAACUCAGUUUGCAGAAUUCCUUCUCCUGGGAUUCUCAGAGGACCCAGCCCUGCAGCUUCUCAUUUUUGGGCUCUUCCUUUCUAUGUACCUGGUCACUGUAUGUGGGAACCUGCUCAUCAUCCUGGCCAUCCUCACAGACCCACAACUCCACACGCCCAUGUACUUCUUCCUCGCCAACCUGUCCAUGGUGGACAUUUGCUUCACCUCUACUACCAUCCCAAAGAUGCUGGUGAGCAUUCAGACACAGAGCCAAGUCAUCAGCUAUGCAGGCUGCAUCACACAGAUGUUCUUCUUUAUAUUGUUUGUUGGGUUGGAUGACUUUCUCCUGACUGUAAUGGCUUAUGACCGGUUUGUGGCCAUCUGUCACCCCUUGCACUACAUGGUCAUCAUGACCCCCCGGGUCUGUGUGCAGCUAGUGUUGGUGUGCUGGGUCAUGGGUGUCUUGGAUUCACUGUUGCACAGCUUACUGGUGCUGAGGCUGAGCUUCUGCACACACAUGGAAAUCCCCCACUUCUUCUGUGAGUUGAAUCAGAUGGUCCAACUGGCCUGCUCUGACACCUUUCUCAAUGAUCUCAUGGUGUAUCUUGCUGCUGUUUUGCUGGGAGGAGGUCCUCUGGCUGAGAUCGUGUAUUCUUACUUCAAGAUCAUCUCCUCCAUCUGUGCCAUCUCAUCAGCUCAGGGCAAGUAUAAAGCCUUUUCCACCUGUGCCUCUCACCUCUCUGCCAUCUCCCUAUUUUAUGGCACAGGCUUAGGUGUUUACCUCAGUGCCAGCGCUGCCCCAAGUUUAGCCUCAACUGCAGCAGCCUCGGUGAUGUACACUGUGGUCACCCCCAUGCUGAACCCCUUCAUCUACAGCCUGAGGAACACAGACAUGAAGAGGGCUAUAAAAAGACUGCUCGACCGUCUCAGUUCCAGCCUUCCAAAUCUGAUCCAAUCCUGGAUAAUGCAUCUGAGAAAGCUCAAGAUGAAUGCGGAUUCCUGUCACCCAAUGGUAGAGAACCAUUAUUCAACUGGCUGCAUGGAGGCUUAG